UGUUCUGAAUUGGCAUACUGCUUGCCGCGGUUGCCCUGUGCACAGCUCUAUACAGCCAUGUUUGGAACUGAAAGUGGCUAUGUCUGGAUUCUGGCGAUUCUCUCCGUGGCCUAUGGCUCUGUGGACCCUGAAGUGUUCAUGAACACGAGGCAACUGAUUACGAGCAAAGGUUACCCUUGCGAAGAGCAUGACGUGCACACACAGGACGGAUACAUCCUGGGCGUCCAGAGGAUACCGCACGGGAAAAUUGCGAGCACCGGUACAGCCAGACCAGUAGUGCUCCUCCAACACGGUCUUCUCUCAUCGUCGGCGUGCUGGGUGGAGAAUCUGGCCAACAAUAGUCUUGGAUUUAUGAUGGCGGACGCCGGUUUUGACGUCUGGCUCGGCAACAGUCGGGGAAACACGUACUCCAAACGCCAUGAACACUUCGCGACGUCCUCGCACGAUUUCUGGAGAUUUAGUUGGGAUGAGAUGGCUAGGAUCGAUCUACCUGCAACUGUUGAUUUCAUACUACAGAGGACGGGCGCCAGCCAGCUCUACUAUGUUGGCCACUCCCAGGGGUGUGAGAUUGCCUUCGCCGCCCUUUCUGAGAACCCAGCACUUGCCGCAAAGGUUAAGAUGUUCGGGGCGCUAGCCCCCGCCGUCUUUCUGGGUAAUGUGCAAAGUCCCAUAAGGCUUCUACUUCCGGUUGCUGACGGCGCCAAGUUUUUCCUGGAUAUGUUAGGUUCGGGCGAGUUUCUCCCCACAACGGGCCUCACACGCAUGUUGGGACGAACCUUCUGUAAUACUCCCGGAAUCCCCAACCACAUCUGCGAAAACAUCAUGUUUAUCCUCGCCGGAUAUGACGCAAAACAAAUGAAUGAAAGCCGAGUACCCGUGUACAUAGGUCAGCAUCCGGCCGGAACAUCCACCCAGAAUAUAGUGCACUAUUCCCAGUCAAUCAAGUCAAAAAAGUUCCAGAAGUAUGAUUACGGAUUUCUUGUCAACAUGGUCAAGUAUCAUCAGACAUCACCACCAGAAUACCGUUUAGAAAAUGUCCAGACACCAGUCCUUCUGUAUGCCGGCGCCAAUGAUUGGCUGGUUACCCCACGUGACGUCAGCACACUGGUUUCCCGCAUCCAAAACUUGGUUAAAUACCGGAUGAUCCCCGAGUGGCAGCACCUCGACUUCAUGUGGGCUAUGAAUGCUCCCCAAGAGUGCUACAAUGAUCUCAUUGCAGAAAUGAUGAAAACCGUAAUAUAAUGAAUAAUGUGUGAAUAUUCCAGAAUAAAAAUACGCAUAUAGAUAA